AAUUGACGUUUGUCUAAAUGAAAAGAAAAAUAGUACACGACCGCCCCACACUACACUACCCACAACCUGCCACAACCCCAAGAAGACGAGAAAAAAAAUUUCAGUCUGAGUCUCUCUCUAGCUCUCUAAAAUUCAAUCCCUCAGUUGUUUGAAAAAAGAAUGUGGAAGGAAAAUAUAAGUGAAAUGUCCUGCUGUUAGAAGAAAUCGAAAUUUAAGUUGUGUGGCAGAAGAAGAGACAACAAAGCCAACGCAAAAUCGUCGUCCAACGAAAGCUAGCUAAAACGAAAAUACAGAUUUUUUCCCUUUCGAUCCUUCAACACGAAAUCCAAUUAAGUUCUUCGAAUAAUUCCAAUUCUAAUUUUAAUUCCAUUUUGUGAAGAGGCUAGAAAUUUAUUCAAAACCACUACUAUACAAACUUUAACCAUGACGCUUCAGGAAAUCAUAGAUUACACCUACCUGACGAAGGAACAUCUCACCGGAUUCGACAACUACAAGUAUAGUGCUAGGGACACAUCGCCCCUAAGUAUCUAUGUUAUGCACCCCUUUUGGGACUGGAUUGUUAAGUUUUUCCCUAGAUGGAUUGCGCCGAACUUGAUGACGUUUCUCGGAUUCCUAUUUACGUUUCUCAAUUUGGUUUUUCUAUCGUUUUACGAUUGGAAUUUCUUUGCCAGCUCAGGUGAUCCAGGCUACACACCCAUUCCGCAGUGGGUUUGGUUGUGUACAGCGAUAAAUAUCUUCCUGGCGUACACUCUGGACGGCAUUGAUGGCAAACAGGCGCGUCGCAUUGGUCUAGCAGGACCUUUGGGUGAACUUUUCGAUCAUGGAUUAGAUUCCUAUACGGCCGUGCUUAUUCCCACGUGCUUGUAUAGUAUAUUUGGUCGUUGCGAUGCUUCCAUUCCACCCAUUCGAAUGUACUACAUUUGUAUGAUGGUGUUUUUCAAUUUCUACGUAUCCCAUUGGGAGAAGUACAAUACUGGAGUGUUGUAUUUGCCAUGGGGCUACGACUUUAGUAUGUGGGGAUCGACUACAAUGUACCUGAUUACCUGGUGGUAUGGUGUUGGAUUCUGGAAGAGAGAUUUACCAUUUGGCAUACCAUUAGGGAUUGCUAUGGAGUUUUUGCUACAUGUUAGUGCGAUGGCUAAUAUGCCAAUGGUUGUCAUAAAUGUUUACAAUUCGUAUGUACAGAAAACUGGAAAAAUGCGACCUUUUGAAGAAGCAGUUCGUCCAUUAUAUCCAUUUGCCUUUUAUAUGGUAAUAUUACUAGUUUGGCCUUGGAUAUCACCGUCGAAUAUUGCCGAAACUGAUCCACGAGCUUUGUUUAUGUUGAGCGGAACGAUAUUUAGUAAUAUUAGUUGCCGACUUAUCGUUUCCCAAAUGUCCAAUACUCGUUGUGAAGCCUUCCAUUGGAUGACUCCGAUAUUUGUAAUUUGUAUCGCGUUUGGUCUUUGGAUUUCAUUUUUCGAACGAUUUAUAUUAUAUGUAUUGUUAAUUGCUACAACAUUAGCUCAUUGGCAUUAUGGAGCCAGUGUAGUUAAUCAAAUGUGUGAACAUUUCAAUCGUGUAUGUUUUAAAGUGACACCAAAGCAUCCAAAAAAAGAUGCUGAACCUUCAUUAAGAGCUGAUUGAAUGACAAUCAGCUAAUAUCAGAACAAUAACAAUAAUAAAAAUAAUAAUUCAUGUGACGGAAGACAUAAAAAUGAAAACGAAAACCGCUUCUUUAUGAGUAUAUAAUUAUGUAGAUCAUUGAAAAUAGUCAUAUUUUUUUUUUCUGUAAACAAAAACAAACUAAAAACACACUUUCUAGAAAAUAGGAAAAUGCCCCCUCCGCUUUAUUAUUAAAUACGUUGUAUAUUUAUGUAUAUGCAUAUAUUUAUAAAUAUUUUUCAAUGCAUUUAAUUAUUGAGAUUAAUUUAAUUAUUUUUUGUAUUUUAUUUUCGUGAUUAUGCAUUUCCUCUUCCUUUUAGUAUAGUAUAUGUUUGAAGAAAUUGAAUUGAAAACUGCAUACUCCAGAGUGUUCCUUUUUAAAAUAAACAAAAACACUAAACACUCUACAUGUGAAUAUUGUAAAAUAAAAUAGUAAUACACAAAAUAAAGAAUUAAUAAGAAUAUAAAAAAAUCAAGAAAACUUCCAGGUAGAAAAUAUUAUACAACAAAAUUUAUUACAUAAAAUAUAAUUAUAUUAUUAUACCUAACUUAUAUUAUUCAUAAACAACUUAUAAUUCUAUAAAUACAUUUUAGGACGUGUAAGAGUGUUUAUUUUCGUAUGUGCUAUAAUUUUUCUUUUUUCUUCUUAAGUUAGUUCGAUUUUUUUUCUUCUUCAUGAUCAAACUUAUUAAUUAUUUUAUUGUCUAGUCGAAGUUUAUUUUUUUAUUUAAUUUAAUUUAAGGGGCAGAUUUAUAUGCUCACCUAAAACUAUAAACUAUGCUUACGAUUUUGUCAUACACAACAAACAAUUAAAUGAAAAAAUUAAACAAAUCUUUAGAUUUGUUUUCUUUUUUUUACUUUAUUUUUUAAAUAAUUAUUUUAUUUGUUGUUUUGCAAUUCGAAUUUAGUUCUUAAAAAGUAUUAUUUUAUAACCUCAUAAGCAAUUAAUAAACACACGCAUUUAUUUAAUUUAUUUAAAACACAACAACAAACCUACAUGCUUAAAUGUGUACAGUACAUAUGUGUGUGUGUUUUUGUUUGUUGCUUUUAAAUUAAGUUUUCAUAGUUUUUAAGAUACUUAGGCUUAUUCUGCUAUCCAAAUGAAUUGAUUUAGUUUCGUAUGUUUUGAAAAACCGCUAGCAGAAUGAGACUGAUUGUGUCAAUAAACUAUUAUCAUAUACAUUGCAUAACACAUACUAUGCAAGUUCCAAUAAGUCAUAUUGAAAAUAAUACAU